CAUACUCUGAGGUAUGAGGACGCCAUCUUCUCUGUAGCUGGUCUGGCUUUGGACUACAUUUCCCAGAGUCCACAGCGGCCCAGCGUUACGUCUCUCUUGACGUCGUGGCGAGGUCGUUAGCUCCGCAGGGCCCCGGACGCGACCACGGGGAGGCAGAAGGACUCUGCACUUGUUCAAGAGAAGAAUCUAAAGAAAUCCAAGCAGGACAGGUAGUUCUAAAAGCCAUGACCCAGGGAUUGGUGACAUUUAGGGAUGUGGCCAUAGAGUUCUCUCAGGAAGAAUGGAAGUGCCUGGAACCUGCCCAGAGGGACUUGUACAAGGAUGUAACUUUGGAGAACUUCGGUAACUUGGUCUCACUAGGACUUUCCCUUUCUAAGCCCGAUGUCAUCUCCUUACUGGAGCAAGGGAAAGAACCCUGGAUGGUUGUAAAUGAUAUGACAGGACCAUGGUGCCCAGACUUGGAGUCCAGGUGUGAUAAAUUUCUACAAAAAGAUAUCUUUGAAGUAGAGUCAUUCGAUUGGGAGCUGAUGGAAAGCCUUACAUGCUGUGCUUUUGAGGGCUCCAGUUUUAGAGAUGACUGGGCAUACAAAGGCCAGUUUGAAAAACAACAAGUAAAUCAUGAGUGCUCUUUCAAGCAAGUGAAAAUCACCUAUGGAAACAUGCCCACUUUUGAGCAUCAUACAUCCCUCACCCUACAUCCCAGCAAUGAGACUGGCGAGAAACUGAUCGAAUGUAAUGAAUGUGGGAAAGCAUUUAGCCGUGGCUCACACCUUAUUCAACAUCAGAAAACUCAUACGGGUGAAAAGCCCUUUGAAUGUAAGGAAUGUGGGAAAGCCUUCAGUCGUACCUCGCACCUUGUUCAACAUCAGAGAAUUCAUACAGGUGAGAAACCUUAUGACUGUAAAGAGUGUGGGAAGGCCUUUGGUCGUACUUCAGAACUUAUUCUACAUCAGAGACUUCAUACUGGUGUCAAACCCUAUGAAUGUAAAGAAUGUGGAAAGACCUUUAGACAGCACUCACAACUUAUUCUGCAUCAUAGAACUCAUACAGGUGAGAAACCCUACGUAUGUAAAGACUGUGGCAAGGCUUUUAUUCGCGGCUCACAACUUACUGUUCAUCGGAGAAUUCACACAGGUGCUAGACCCUAUCAGUGUAAAGAAUGUGGGAAAGCCUUUAGACAGCAUUCACAGCUUACUGUACAUCAGAGGAUUCAUACUGGGGAGAAACCCUAUGAAUGUAAGGAGUGUGGCAAGGGCUUUAUUCAUAGCUCAGAAGUUACUCGACAUCAAAGAAUUCAUUCUGGGGAGAAACCCUACGAAUGUAAAGAAUGUGGGAAGGCCUUUAGACAGCACGCACAGCUUACACGACAUCAGAGAGUUCAUACAGGUGACAGACCCUAUGAGUGUAAAGAUUGUGGGAAGGCCUUUAGUCGUAGUUCGUACCUUAUUCAGCAUCAAAGAAUUCAUACAGGUGACAAACCCUACGAAUGUAAGGAAUGUGGGAAAGCCUUUAUUCGUGUUUCACAACUGACUCAUCAUCAGCGGAUUCACACUUGUGAGAAACCCUAUCAAUGUAGGGAAUGUGGAAUGGCCUUUAUUCGUAGUUCACAGCUUACUGAACAUCAGAGAAUUCAUCCUGGUAUCAAACCUUAUGAAUGUAGAGAAUGUGGGCAGGCCUUUAUUCUUGGCUCACAGCUCAUUGAACACUACAGAAUUCAUACUGGCUAGAAAGCCUUGAUGUUAGGGAUGUAGGAAAGCCUUUAUGUGGAAUUCAUGCCUGACUCAAUAUUAGAUAAUGCAUAAUGUAAUGUAAUUAUUGUCAGAGAACCUUCAUUUGUCACCUCCAUUAUGGAACAUCAGGUAACUCAUACCAAAAGAAAAUUCAAUAAACAUGGGAUUCUUUUUGCCUCACACUCACUGUUUGCUAA